ACCCCGGGCUAAGGCUCCCCGCAUCGGACCCAAACCAGUCUACCGGCGCCGUGGAAAGGGGCACAGAGACUCGAUCAUGAUCUCCAUGCCUCCCCUCAUGAACGAUCAGAACAGGAGCAGCUCCAAGCAUCCCAUCAGUUGGCUCUCGCCAGACAGCAGCAACUCCUCGGUGGCCGCGUCUGAUCUACCCGAGGACAUAGUGAAUCCGUGGGACAUCGCCCUGUGCGUGGUGGGCACUGUCAUCUCCUGCGAGAACGCUAUCGUGGUGGCCGUCAUCUUCUACUCGCCCACCCUCCGGGCUCCAAUGUUCAUGUUGAUCGGCAGCCUGGCAUUGGCCGAUCUCCUCGGAGGACUGGGCCUGAUCCUCAACUUCAUCUUCCUCUACCUGCUCAACUUCCAAGCCGCCAAACUGGUGUCGGCUGCCCUCCUGAUCGCCUCCUUCUCCGCCUCUGUGUGCAACCUGCUGGCCAUCACGGUCGACCGCUACCUGUCGCUGUACAACGCCCUCACCUACCACACUGAGAGGACCACCACCUUCACCUACUUGAUGCUGCUGGUCGUGUGGCUGACGUCCCUCAGCCUGGGCUCGCUGCCGGUGGCGGGUUGGAACUGCCUGGAGGACGAGGCGACCUGUAGCGUGAUCAAACCGGUGACCAAGAACAACGCGGCGGUCCUGUCCGUCUCUUUCCUGCUCAUAUUCGCCCUGAUGCUGCAACUUUACAUCCAAAUCUGCAAGAUCGCCUUCAGGCACGCACAGCAGAUAGCCGUGCAGUACCACUUCGUGGCCACCUCCAAUACCUCGACUAGGAAAGGGAUCUCCACCCUAUCUGUCAUAGUGGGGACAUUCGCCGCUUGCUGGGUCCCAUUCUCCAUCUACUGCUUGGUGGCAGACCCCAGCUACCCACUCAUCUACACUUAUGUCACCGUCCUACCGGCCACCUGUAAUUCAGUCAUCAACCCUAUUAUCUACGCCUACCGGAACCCUGACAUCCAGAAAUCCCUCUGGGUCGCUUGUUGCGGUUGUAUCCCCUCCAAUUUCUCAUUUAGACCAAGGUCGUCCAGCGACGUAUAGUGGCUUCUGUUUCGGUGGGAUUUUAUUUUUCCAACAAUUAUUAUUUGUGAUUUUUUUUUAUUUUAUUUUUUACUGGAGCUAUUUAAACAGA